AUGUGGCCCUUAGACCAGCCGGAUGAUUACGAUGGGCAAGAACAUAUGGAAACUGGUUUUCAUACUGGAUUUGGCUAUGACCCCAUGUCUAAUGAGUACAAAGUUGUGACCUUUACUACUUAUUUUCAAGAGAUGUCCUUCAAGGGAAUGUGUUAUUGGCUGGGAAUUGAGCAAGAUAAGGAAUUAUUUCCAUUUGACGUAGUUGGGCAUCGAUUCCAUGCGAAUGGGAGAUUGAUCAUUUCCUUCGAUACAAGUCGUGAGGUAUUUCACGGUAUACCCUUACCAUCUGAGCUCCAACAGUUUGUCCGGUCGAAUCACCUCUAUUUGAAGCUUACUGUUUGGAAUGAAUCAGUUGCUUUUUUUGCCAUUAGUGUGGACGAUCGUCGAUAUCCUGAACCUUAUGAAAUGUGGGUGAUGGAUGAUGACUUUAAGGGUGCUUGGACAAAAUACUUGACUAUUGAGGGCACAGAUGAUCAGAUACAAGAUGAUGAGAAUAUUUUUGUUUAUGUGAAUAGCAUAGUUUCAGUCAUGGGACGCAGCCACAAGCUUAAGAGCAUAGAGAAUACUUGCUCAGAUAAAGAUGAAGAUGCGAUGGUGAUGGUAGUCGGGAAGAGGGAAAGCUGCCAGAGGUUGUACUCAUAUUUCGGUUUGGGCCAUUCCACCGGCUGA